AGGCGUAUAGGAUCCGCCAACGAAAAAGCCGAACCGGGGAAACCCUACCUUCAUUGCGCGGCGGCGCGGCGAUGGAGAUCGAGACGUUGAGCAGUGCAGUCGCGGGGAUGAAGAUCUACACCAGCUUCGGCGAGGACGACGGAAGGACAAGGCGGCUCUCCAGCAGAAAGGUGAAGCCGAAGGCGCCGACGACGAAGAAGAUAGCCUUUCCCUAUGAGGUUCGACGGUCAACUCCGACGCCGAACUUCGUGGAGGAGAUGAACGCUGAGACGCUGAGCAUCGGAUUGGCGGGGAUGAGGAUCGAUGGCGAGGCAGGCCCACCUGCCACCCGAAAAGAGGAGGAAGCCGGCGAGGAUGAGGGCGAUGGACGGCCGAUGCGCUGCGAAGGGGAGAAGGCCGAGGCUCUGAAACAGCGGCGGCCGCCGCUGACCCGGGAGGAGGAGGAGGAGGAGGAGGAGAUGUCCGCCGAGGAAGAGUUCAAGGAGGAGAACCAGAUUCCCAUCUUCCGUAAAUUCUGGGAGCGGGUCUUCGGGGGCUAUUUCGGUUCCUUCGAUGACGAGACGAGCAUUGGUCCCAUGAGGUAUACCUCUCAAUCCAAUUUCAGGGAUGGUAUGCGUGAGCAGACAUUGCAAAUUUUCUCCAUCAGAGUCAUGGACCCAACAGAUGGUCUCGAGUGGCCACUGCACGUCCAUGGAUAUGUUGCUGCCAGAGACACGAUAGAUCAUAAACGCAACUAUCUCUUCAGGCGCACACGGGAUAACUUCCAAACCCUCAACCAGAAUGAUCCACUUUUGCAGUUGACAGGUCCAUCCCGUGCAGUUGUGUUAGUUGAUCCGAUUAUGUUCGAAGUUGAGCUAAAAGUGAAGGGCAAAAGAGAGUCUGAAGAUGAAAUGUUGGCUUUCGGCACCUUUGAAGUCCGGGAAAGUUCUCAUGGUAAAGAUUGGUUUCUUAGAUGUGAAUACCACCAGCGUUGCACGCUCCAGUAUAAGUUUGCACUGCUGCCUCGCUCUGUUGAGGCCACUAUCAGUGUCAGAAUUGUUGAUGGGUCAUGGCCGGAUAAUCAUGGAGGAGAAGUCCUUUGCCUUACCUCCGGUGUAGAUGAGAAGGUUGUGUUACUUGAUUCUCGUGAUGGUGAAAUGCCAAUCAAUUCAAAUGGUGCGUUCGAGCUUUCAAGGCGUGUUGUUUCUGUAGAGUCAGGCAGGAGGUUGUUGGUUGCUGUGGACGCCUCUCAGACUGGUUUUCUUGCACGAGGUACUGCAAUCUUCAAACCAAAAAAAUUUGGCAUGAGCCACGGCACGUGUGACCUUGAUUCCUGCAAGAUAGAAGUUACUGUUGCUUGGUCUCUUUUUAAUGUAUUCGCAAGGUAAGGUAGACUGUCUGGGAAAUGCUCGGUGGUGCGCGAGAGUUGUAGUGCAGGUUCUUUUUCUAUAAUAUCUUUUAGUAUGAUAUUUCAAAGCUGUCCAACUCUGUAUUUAGCCAAUUGCAUUGGCAUUGUUGCUAGGCUGUUGAACUUCUUCUUUAUGAUCUUGUUAUGAUGCUAGAUCGAACACCCAAACAUGUUUGGAAAGAAGAAAGGCUAUAUUGUGCAAACUCUAGUAACUGACAUGUGAAACAGAUGUGAUGUUCCUUUUGGUUCCUUACAAGAGAUGAGACAAUUGUGGUGGCA